GCCGCUUUGUGAACAGAGAGAGACCCAUCCAUACGCAAAACACUGCCAGAUAAUCUGAUUUCGUUUGCAUGGCAAAUGGAAACCUGAUCGGCUAACGGAACAAGGAGGAGUGACUUGCGGCUACUCAUUAAACAUGUCUUCGUCCACAAGCGAAGUCAUUCAUUUAAAUGAGAUCAAGAAGGAAAGCGUGCGGGUAGACAGACGAGGGAGUGCCAAGCCACUGGCGCUGGGCUCGGUGGAGUUCAGUGCGGAGCGUCCCGUUGCCGACGCAGCCCCGUCUGAACUUAUGGAGAGCGCGCCUUUGCUGGCGUUCUCCCCCGAUCAAGUGGCGUGUGUCUGCGAAGCUCUGCAGCAGGGUGGCAACGUGGACCGCUUGGCCAGAUUCUUAUGGUCAUUACCACAGAGUGACUUGCUACGCGGUAACGAAAGCAUCUUAAAAGCGCAGGCUCUCGUGGCUUUCCAUCAGGCUCGCUAUCAGGAGCUCUACUGUAUCCUAGAGAGCCACAGCUUCAGCCCGGCAAACCACUCCGCGCUCCAGGAUAUAUGGUACAAGGCGAGGUACAGCGAGGCGGAGAAGGCUCGAGGCAGACCCCUGGGCGCCGUGGAUAAAUACCGCCUGCGUCGGAAGUACCCCUUGCCUCGAACUAUCUGGGAUGGAGAAGAAACAGUAUAUUGUUUCAAGGAACGAUCCCGGAAUGCACUGAAGGAGAUGUACAAGCAGAAUAGGUAUCCCUCGCCGGCCGAGAAGAGGAAUCUCGCCAAAAUCACGGGACUAUCGCUGACUCAGGUCAGCAACUGGUUUAAAAACCGGAGACAGAGGGACAGAAACCCGUCCGAAGCGCAGUCAAAGAGUGAAUCUGAUGGCAACCACAGCACUGAGGAUGAGGCCAGCAAGGGCCAGGAUGAUCUCUCCCCCCGGUCCCUCUCCAGCGGCUCCAGCGGGGGGGCGCCGGUCGUUCAGCAGAUCGGCGACAUGGGGGCCGCCCCGGGCCGUGGGGGUGCCCAGCACUUCAGCGGGAACCUCUCCGCUGGCAGCACCACGUUUUUCAAUAGUGCCUCCUGCCUCCAGCCCAAUGGCGGCUUCCUCCUGGGUAGCUUUGGCCUGGGGAACCCGCCUCUGACCUUUAACCCCUUAGCCCCGCCCCCAGGGCCGCUGCUGGGGGAUCACAGUGAGAAUGCCGAGCUGCAGCCCGCCCACGAGCGGUCCCUGGCUGCUGCCCCCCCGGUGUACCCCCCCUUCCCUCUAUGUUCGAAUGGCUUGGAGGUGAAGCUGGAGGGGGUCCCAGGAGGGGCGGGCCCCGCCAUGGUCACCCUGGCCCCCACCCUUGGGCCGCUGCACCUUAGCCCCAACCUGGGCCACACCCCCAGCACCAAUGACAGCCAAUCACAGCUCAACGUUCAUGAGAGUGUCCCACCUCUACAAUUGCCACCCACUGCUGUGGCGCCCUCUCAUGCUGCGGUUCCCCUCCAUAGUGCUGACAGUGCCCCCGGUGGCAACUCCAUGUACUGCAGCCUGUCCCUGCCUCUUGCAACGCAGACCUCAGUCAAGCAAGAGCCGGGAGAGGCUGGCCUUUACGGCUUCCCUGGGGGGCUUCGCAUGGACCGGAGUGACCAGCUGGCCUACUCUGCUCCCCUUCUUCCCUCAUCUGCCCCCCCAAACGCCGGGGAGGCCCCACCCUGCAGCACGGCGGCGGCGUCCCCUCGCUCCGAGCCACGGGCCUACCCGUCCCCUCCGGUGCCCACCACACCUGGCGGGGACAGCCGCCCCCCCCCAGCCCCGCACGGCCAUUCGUUCACCUCCACCAUGCAGCAGGACUUCCUGCCCGGACAGGGCAACUCAGACGCGGCUCAUGGGGGGGACAGAACCAGGGUCAUGUGCCUGGAAGUGGAGCCAAAAGAAAAGGAGCUCAGCAAACUGCACCGCGUGCCACUGGAGGAGCAUGUGCGUGACCUUUGACCUCUACGAGCCACGGUCAGCCUCACAUUGGUGAUCAUAUCGUACGCAUAUACACUCCAGGAUACAUUCAUGCUAAAUUAUUAGAUUGAUUCCCAGGAUAUCGGUGGGACAGUUAACAGGAACUGCAGCAAGGACACAGCUACAUCCAGCAUAUCGGUGGGACAGUUAACAGGAACUGCAGCAAGGGCUACAUCCAGCUGUCAUGCUGAUGCUGCCGAAUCCUGCAAAACCUUCUCUGUUGCCCCCUUUGUUGCCUCUAACUGCUUUUGUCAAUCUUGUGAGGAAACACAGAGAAGGUCUCUUUUUAAAGAAAUGCUUUCUUUUUUUCUGGAUAUUCUUUCUCAUUUCCUGGUUCUUCCCCGCACUCCCCCCAGAGCUCAGUCCCUCUCUGCUUGCCUAGUGCCUUGCGUUCAGACAUGCCUCUCAGGCCAAUGCUGACAGUGGAAUGAAAAAAAUCGGCCCAUUACUGGCAGAGUGUCCCCCAGCGCCCCCCCCCCCACCACACCCGGCCCCCAAUCCCACAGUAAAACAUCCGCCGGCCCAUUGUACGAUGUAAUAGAAGCAGAACUUGUUCACUGCCUGUGAAGCGUUCCACGUUCCGCGGGGCGUGAUCGGACGCCAGAGAGGGCUGUGGGACUGAUCCACAUGAGCUACCUGCCAGUGUGAUAUAUGAGUGUCGGGCCCAUUCAGGAAUGUGCCACUCGAAUGAGCCUAAUCAAGAUUACCCUUAAUGCAAAUUUUUUUUUGUUUUUGUUUGUUUGUUUGUUUGUUUUGGGCUUUCCACAUUAACACUGAGAGAUGUUUAAUGUUAUUUACUUAUGCACGUCUGUUUCCUCCAGCUUUUCAUGGAGUCUUUCUUGGGUUGCAAGCUAACAUUUCACUUCCGUUCCGCUAAUCAACACCUUGGUCAGACACAGCGGCCACUAAAUGUGGUGACAUUUAUAUGGUUGGAUUGUUUGUUUAUAUUCAAAAACUACCUAGGCUUAUUUUUUAACCACCCCCCCCAUUAAAUCUUUAUAUUUGUA